AUGUUCGCAUACAAAGCCCUUAUCACGCUCGCGCUCUCAGGAAUUGCAAGUGCACUGACUAGCUCCCUGCAGCAAGUCACCGCCAACUUCGGUUCCAACCCCACCAAUGUCAAGAUGUACGUCUACAAGCCGACCGCGGUCGCAACACCAACGCCCCUCAUAGUCGCCAUGCACUACUGCACCGGUACCGCACAGGCCUACUUCUCCGGCACGUCGCUCGCACAGCUCGCAGACCAGCACGGCUUCAUCGUCGUCUACCCAAACGCACCGACAGCCGGUGGGUGCUGGGACGUCGCAUCGUCCGCGACACUGUCGCACAACGGCGGCGGCGACUCACUGGGCAUUGCGAACAUGGUGCGCUACGCGAUCGCAAACUGGGGCAUCGACUCCACGCGCGUGUUCGCGACGGGCACGAGCUCCGGCGCGAUGAUGACCAACGUCAUGCUCGGCGCGUACCCGGACCUGUUCGCCGCAGGUUCGCUGUACUCAGGUGUGCCAUUUGGCUGCUUCGCAGGGCCAAAUGCAUGGAACACCCAGUGCGCGACGGGAGAGCUCAUCAAGACACCGCAACAGUGGGGCGACCAGGUACGCGCGGCGUAUCCUGGGUUCACGGGCACCAGGCCAAAGGUGCAGUUCUGGCACGGAACGAUCGACACGACCCUCUACCCCCAAAACUUCUGGGAAGAGAUCAAACAAUGGACAAACGUAUUCAACGUCUCGCAAACACCCACAUCCAACCUCACCUCGAACCCCCAAGCGGGCUACUCACGCGCGUCGUUCGGACCCAACGUGCAAGCCAUUCUCGCACAGAACGUCGGGCACACAGUGCCAGAGCACGAGACGGACACACUGGCCUGGUUCGGGCUUUCCUCGCUCGUUCCUGGGUCUAGCUCCGGCUCCGGCUCAUCAAGCGCUGGUGCAGGAUCGUCACCGACGAGCACUGCUGCGCCAUCGCCCACGGGCGCCACCUCACCACAAUACGGACAAUGCGGUGGAAUCGGCUGGACAGGGCCAACAGGGACACAACUGAUUCUCUAUGGAUUCGACAGUACAGUCAAUGCCUGUGAGAGCACGAGUGACAGCAGUCAGGAGAGUACGUAG